AUGGAUUCUCUUUGCAAAACCAACGACAAUUCCGCCGCCGAAGUCGCCGCUCUUCUAUCCCCAGUUCCAGUUCUCCAAGUUCAGGAGUAUUUCAAUCAGCUGAUAACAAGUAGAGGAUGCAACGGAAUUGAAGUUAAACAUAACGGCAGCUUCGGAAAAUGUGUUUAUGCCAAUUCAGAGUUUCAGGAAGACGAACUCAUUUUGAAGGAUCAGAUUCUUGUUGGUAUGCAACAUUCAUCCAACAAGAUGGACUGUUUAGUUUGCAGUUUUUGUUUCCGGUUCGUUGGAUCAAUAGAGAAACAAAUCGGAAGGAAACUCUAUUUCAAGAAUCUCGGUCUCUCUACUUGCUGCGAUGGUGAUUCAUCUGAAAGCGGAGAAGAUGAGUGCAUGAAAGGAAAUGAUGAACAACAAUGUGGUGGAAGCAGUUCGAAUCAUAAUCUUCCUCUUCCGCAAGAAGUUGUUACUUCUCUGAUGAACGGUGAAAUGGCGUUGCCGCAUACUGAUAAGUUUCCUUUGCCUUCGCCUCUUUCGUGUCCAGGAGGAUGCCAAGAGGCUAUCUACUGUAGUGGAUCUUGCGCAGAGGCGGAUUGGGAAAGUUCUCAUUCUUUACUUUGCACUGGUGAGAAGUCUGAAUCAGUGUCUAGAGAUGCGCUUGGAGAGUUUAUAAAACAUGCUAAUGAGACAAAUGAUAUCUUUUUCCUGGCUGCAAAGGUGAUUGCCUUUACCAUUCUAAGGUACAGGAAACUGAAAGCAGAACAUGUGAAGGAACAAGCGAAACAGAGUGUGACAAAGCAGUCGUUACUCUUGGAGGCAUGGAAGCCAGUAUCGAUGGGAUACAAAAACAGGUGGUGGGACUGUAUUGCGUUGCCAGAUGAUGUUGAUCCUUCUGAUGAAGAAGCAUUCAGGAUGCAGUUAAAGAAUCUUGCAUGUUCGUCUUUGGAGCUCCUGAAGACAGCAAUAUUUGACAAAGAAUGUGAAGCCCUUUUCUCCCUCGAUAUCUAUGGGAAUAUCAUUGGCAUGUUUGAGCUGAAUAAUCUAGACUUGGUGGUAGCAUCACCAGUAGAGGACUAUUUCUUGUACAUCGAUGAUCUUCCGGAUGCAGAAAAGGAAGCAGCUGAGGAAAUCACAAGACCGUUUCUAGAUGCUCUUGGUGAUGAGUAUUCAGACUGUUGCCAAGGAACGGCUUUCUUCCCUUUACAGAGCUGUAUAAACCAUUCAUGUUGCCCUAAUGCAAAAGCCUUCAAAAGAGAAGAGGACAGAGACGGACAAGCAGUUAUUAUUGCGUCAAGACGCAUCAGCAAGAACGAAGAGGUGACGAUUUCAUAUAUAGACGAGGAGCUUCCGUACAAAGAGAGGCAAGCGUUACUUGCAGACUACGGUUUUACCUGCAAAUGCCCUAAAUGUCUGCAAGAUUCAUCAGUUGCCUCACUUUGA